AUGGAUCCAUUUAAUCUACCGCCGCUACAUGAUGCCGACGAGACUGACUACACUGUAAAAAAUGGGGGAAAGGUGAACAUUGCCUUUGACUCCAAACCAGAAUUUAUAACUAAGUCUCAAGAGAAAAGCAAAUUAAAUGAGAAAAAACCAAUUGAAAGGCAAAAAUGGGGAAGCCAAUACGAAUUUCUCAUGUCCUGCAUCGCUACUUCAGUUGGAUUGGGAAACGUAUGGCGUUUUCCGUUCGUAGCAUACGAAAACGGUGGCGGGGCCUUCCUGAUCCCUUAUAUUAUUGUGCUUAUAGUCAUAGGUAAACCUAUGUACUAUCUUGAAACAGUUCUUGGACAAUUCAGUAAUAGCAACUGCAUCAAUGUAUGGGCACUCUCACCGGCUAUGAAAGGUACCGGAUAUGCGCAAACAUUCGGCGCCAUGUUGCUCGUGUCAUAUUACGUUUCAAUCAUUGCCUUGUGCUUAUACUACCUGGCGAUGAGUUUCCAGGAUCCACUGCCCUGGGCGAUCUGCGACCAAAGUUGGACAGAUUGUGUGCCCUCAGGAGUAUCAGUCAACAUGAGUGCUAUAGAAGGCAACACUCAUAGGAGCAGUGCUGAACUUUAUUUCUCACAAACAGUCCUUCGCCGUUUACCCAACAUUGACGAUGGAAUAGGUGUUCCACUAUGGGAUCUCACCCUCUGUUUGCUGGCUUCCUGGAUUAUUAUAUAUCUAAUCGUCGCCCGCGGCGUAAAAAGUUCUGGCAAAGCGGCCUACUUCCUCGCUCUGUUCCCUUACGUUGUGAUGCUUAUCCUUCUUAUCAGAGCCGUCACUCUACCUGGAGCUGCUACUGGUAUUCUAUUCUUCGUAACACCAGUUUGGAGUAAAAUCCUCGAAGUUCGAGUAUGGUACGCAGCCAUAACACAGGUGUUUUUCUCUCUAUCAGUUUGUUCCGGUACUUUGAUUAUGUUCUCUUCGUUUAAUGGAUUUAAACAGAAUGUUUACAGGGACUCCAUGAUAGUAACAACUCUAGAUACAUUCACCAGUUUAAUCUCUGGUAUCACCAUUUUCGGUAUAUUGGGCAAUCUGGCCUACGAGUUGGGUUACGAAGAUAUUAAUGAGGUCAUCGGCAGCGGCGGCUCUAGCUUGGCAUUUGUGUCAUAUCCGGACGCCAUCGCUAAAUCACCAUUUGUCCCUCAGCUGUUCGCCGUGUUAUUCUUCCUUAUGAUGGCCACUCUGGGCGUCGGGUCGGGCGUGGCGCUGCUGUCAGUGAUCAACACGGCUCUGCUGGACGCCUUCCCGCGGGUCCCUACGCAUUUCAUGUCGGCCGGAGUAUGCAUCUCCAUCUUUCUAAUGGGACUCGUCUAUGUCACUCCCGGAGGACAAUACGUCUUGGAAAUAGUGGAUCAUUAUGGUGGAACUUUCAUGCGGCUGUUCUCGGCUAUCGCUGAAACUAUUGCGAUAUUCUGGAUUUAUGGACUCGAAAAUUUAUGUCUCGACAUUCAGUACAUGCUUGGAUUUAGGUCAUCAUUUUUCUGGAGAAUUUGCUGGGCAAUCAUCACUCCCGUUCUCAUGAUAGUCGUGUUCUUCUACGCAAUGAUAACAACGGAAAAAAUCAAGUUUGGCGGUGAAUACUACCCCGACGGAGCGUACAUUGCUGGACAAGUUCUUCAAUAUGUUGGAAUGGCGCUGGUUCCCUUGUUCAUGGCAAUCGCUUUGUGGAAGUACAGAACUAGUGAUGUCUUAGAGACUAUCAAAACAGCGUUCCGCAAGAGGCCAUCGUAUGGCCCGACCGAUCCCGUGCGACACGAGGAAUGGAAAGCAUUCAGACGACAAGCGAAAGAAGAACGCGUGUUCCAACGAAAGAACUGGUUCCAUCAUAUAUACGUUAUAUUAUUUAGAGGAUAUAGAGCAACGGGGACCUCGGCCAAAUAGAAUACUUUGGUACCUUACUUAUACCUAUUUCCUUGGGAAUUUCGCGCAUUUCGCGGCUCAUUACUCACUUAUUCGGUAGUCCGAUUAAUGUAUCUC